GACGCGGGUUAUGAUCUUUUGAGAUGCUGUUCGUAUAGAGAUAUUUCUGGUCAGAUGGUUAAAUCAGAUUUUUUUCAAGAUCAGUCACAUUUGAUUCAUUAGAUUUAAAUUCGACGGAUAGUUUAUUAUGUUUCAAGUGCAGAAAUACCUAUGAUCUCUGGCUAUUUGGAAUAUACGGUUUACAGAGGACAAUUGAAGUUAAAUAACUGCUUUUGGGUGUAUUUCUUACCUAAUACAAAGUGUACAACUUGAACAAAGAUUGCUCUGGUUGGAAUUUGAUUGAGAAGAGAAUUCAGUUUGUAAGUUUUGGAAUGGGCAUAUGAAAUGCAGCAAAACGUUCAAUUUUAUUUUGCUUGAGAUGUUUACUGGUUUUAACAGUCAAUGUUGUUAUGGAUUCAUGAAUGCGGCACUAGCAAUUUAGAUUGAUUUCUGAGGAACAUUAUUUGACCACUUAUGAAUGAGGAUUGGCCCUGUUUUUCAACUGGCUUUCUGACCUUACAUUAUAGUUGGAUAAAAUUAACCUGGCGGAAGUGCAAGAGGAUCUAGUGGCUUCUGAAGAGGAAUGGAGAAAAAGGACCAUACAGCCCACAUUAUAGUUGGGACCAAGUCUAGUGGAGUGUUCUAGUUGAAAAAAAACAUCAUGGAAGGUCUUGCAUGUAUGUGAGAAAAUUUCUUGAGCUGGAAAGUUUUCCUGUUGUUUCUUCCUUGGGUACCUGUCAGUAGGGUUAGUGUUUACAAAAUGCCUUUCUUCACUGAGAUCUGUGAUCAUUGCCACUGUGAAACUGUCAUUCUGUCCAUCAAUUUUGGGCUUUUGUUUGUGACUGUUUUGUUGUUUCCUUGUUUUACAUGUCUUUCACUUCCCCGAUGAUCGAAAUUUCUUCCUCCUGACGCUGUACCUAUUUGGUUUGUGUGAUCUUUGAUUUUAAUGCAAAUUUGGGUGAGAUUUUAUUCAUGACUUUUGCAAUCUUACGAGGGAAUUGUCAAAAUCGGAAAUCAUGAGUACAGUUUGUUUUCUACUGCAUGGAGGUGUAUCUACAUGCCAUCCUGAUACAGUGAACUCAUGAUAUCCAAGGCUUCUGCUUUUGGUCAUUAUACGUAUUUAGCUUUGGACUGCUUUGAGCUUCUUGCCUAUUUGCUAGCACAAGUUUGCGCUGAUGGAUUUAUCAUCUGAGUGAUGUGGAGUCGUCUCACUGUUGCUUUCAGAAUACAGAUGGAUAGCUAACAUUACUUCAUAGUUCAUCUGCAUUCUGUAUAUUUAGGCAAUUUAGUUGAUGAGCCUUGCUCUGUUUUGUUUCUCCAAUUCUUCGCAUGCACAUGUGUCUGUUGAAGGCCUCAGGAGACAUAAACUGUACAUUGUUGCUUUGAUGUUCCAGAACUGCAUUCUGCAUGGCAGAGGACAAGUUCAGGGCCGUCUCAGCAAUACAGAGUUGGAAGCCUAGCUUACCAGUGGUUUGUUCUAUAAUUACAAUUGACGUUGAGAAUUAGUAGCAGGGAUAGAUCUGUUUAUGGCCAUCAGAAAUGCUUAUCCUUUUCAGCCAACUGUUUGAAUAUUAGCAGUUAGCUGGUGAAACUCUGUCUUUCUCUUCCCUUGUAUCGUGAAUCCUUCAUCCACUUGUAACCUUCGUCCGGAGGACUCCAUUGUAGCACCUGGCAGCAUUGUAAUUGAAAGUUCUCAAUAUCACUGGGCAUGCUUAUGGUUUAUUAUAUUUUUCAGGGUUAAGGAUGUUAUCUGAGCGUAUAUAUGGAUUUAUAGCUCUAGCUUUAUGUUAAGUUUGUUUCUGGAAGAGGUUAUCUUUUCUAUCUGUUCUCUAUCUGUGGGCAGAUGGAGACAGAUUUGUUCGUUCUCCACCAGUUGUUCCAUUUUUGCAGCCAUCCAUGAUGAGCUGCUGACAAGGAAAGUAAAAUGAUGGGAAGGUUUUUCUUUGAAAUCAGUAAAGUGAAGGAAGCAUGAGAUGAUUACUGGUUGUGGUUUUCUUCUUCAAAUUGAUAGGUGUGAUUGUGGAUGGUUUUUCUGUCGGAGAGAUGGAGAUUGAUCUAUGUUUAAACUAUCCCUUGUGAUAAUUUUUGCAAGAUUUGAUGAACUUAAGUGGUAGCAUAGUCAUAUUCAGUAGAAAGACUAGCAGUGGUGGCCAGCUUAAGUGGGUUGGUCAUUGUAUCAGGGAUUAGUUGAUGCAUACAAGCUUCAUGGUUGCUAUAGAGUUGUUCAUUUGGGCAUAUGGAGCUGUUAUCUGUGAUUAUGUGGGAGACAGAGAUUCAAGUUGAUCUACUGUUUUAAAUCUCAGAUACUGUUUGCAGAUUCUUCUGUCUUCUUUAAGAACUCUUUGCAAUAUCGAACACAUUGGGAUAUUUUAGCCAUUUCUUAAUAACAACAUGGAAGUCAUGCUGGAAAGAGAUACAGGUCGGCCACGUGGAUUUGGGUUUAUCACAUUCUCAGAUCGCCGGUCCAUGGAUGAUGCUAUAAGGGAGAUGCAUGGAAGGGAGUUUGGGGAUCGUGUUAUCUCAGUGAACAAGGCUCAACCUAAAAUGGGAGAUGACUUAGAUCAUGGCUAUAGGGGAGGCUACUCAUCAUCAGGUGGCAGGGGAGGAGGCUAUGGAGGAGACAGACCUCUUGGCCAAGACGAGUGCUUUAAGUGUGGACGCAUUGGACACUGGGCUCGAGAUUGUACUUCAGCUGGUGGCCGAGGUGGGGGUGGAAGUUCAUUCUCCUCACGUUCUAGGUUGGGAGGGGCCAGUGAACGUGGUGAUCGCUUCGCAGGUGAUCGUGAUCGCUUCAUGGAUGACCGUUAUGAUGGAGGACGAUUUGGUGAUAGGGACCGUUUUGACAGCAGAGACAAGUAUAGCCGUGAUCGCUAUGCUAGUGAAAGGUAUCCACCAAGUGGAGAUCGCUUUGCAAGUGAUAGAUAUGGUGGUUCAGAUCGUUAUGCUCACAAUAGCUAUGGCAAAGACAGAGGCUAUGAGAGGGAUGCUGUUACACGAGGAGGCAGUGAUAGGUAUGGAAAUGGAGGGCCACGCGGUGAUAGGAGCUACAGGAGUAGGCCAGGUCCUUACGAACGGCCUAGCAGGGGAGGGCACCCAUCUUCGUUUGAGCGCUAUUAAUUGUUGGAUAUUGUUUAGAGUUAUGAAACGUUUUAGGUGCAUGCUGCAGGCUAGAUACUCAUCUUGUGAUGUCUCUUACCAUCGGAUGAUACUAGUUUUUUCUACCCUCACUUCCUGUUUGAAAUUUGUCUUUUAGGAUGGUGCAGUUGCUAUGAACAUCAGGAUUGAUGUUUUUAA